AUGUCGCCCAAAACACGGGGUCGAACCGAUGACUCAUCUAUAUGUAUGCAUAGACUUGGAAAGCAGUGUAAUCAAUGGCAAUGGCAAGUGUAUACAACAGAAGCAAACUGUAGAGCACAUCUGCUAGUUUUGAUUUACACUCUGCUAUACACUUGCCCUAUAUGUAGUAAAUAUGUAUCGAAUAAUAAUGUAAAUUAUUUUCCAAAUGGUGAUGAAUUAACAAUUGAAGAAUAUUUUAAAACGCUUGAUGAUUCAAUUUCAACAACUCUUAAUCAUAUUCUUCCUUUAAAACACUUAACUAAAUUAGUUAUUAAAAAUUCUCAGUUUACUUUUGAACAAAUUAUUAAUUCAAUACUUUUUACAUCAAAUUUAUAUGUAUUAAAAUUAGAUUUAUUAUGUUUUAAUGGAAUUAACUUAAAAUUAAUUCAACCAAAUGAAAGAUUUCAAUAUGUAUCAAAUACAAAUUAA